AUGCAGCCUUUAGUCAAGGAAUUAGAAGAGUUGUGGGAUAAUGGUGUAGAAACUUUUGAUGCCUCUAUAAGUGAGAACUUUCAUUUGAAGGCUGCCGUUCUUUCUACCAUAUCUGAUUUUCCAGGAUACGCGAACCUUUCUGGGUGGAGCACCAAGGGAGAAUAUACGUGUCCUUUGUGUGCGUUUGAUAAGUCAUCAAGAUGGCUAGAUCAUGGGCAGAAGUGGUGUUACAUGGGUCAUCGAAGAUACUUGCACACAAAUCAUUGUUCACGUAAAGAUACUCUAUCCUUUGAUGGAUAUGAGGAGUUAAGAGAUCCUCCAAUCCCACCAUCCGGGGUUGUUUCUCUCAAUCAGUUAGAACAUGUUGAUUUUCUUGCUGACAAUGUUGAAAAGAGUCCGUGGAAAAGGAAGACCAUUUUCUUUAAGCUACCUUAUUGGAAGAAUUUGUUGUUGCGUCAUAAUCUAGAUGUUAUGCACAUUGAAAAGAAUGUAUGCGACAAAAUUGUUGGGACUUUGCUUGGAAUAGUGGGGAAGUCAAAAGACAACAUGAAAGCUCGUCUAGACCUAGAGAAAUGGGGGAUACGGGAGGAGCUUCAUCCAAAAAAGAAUCCUGGAAGCAGUAAUAUUUACUUGCCAAAAGCAUGUUAUGAAAUGACCCGAGGCGAGAAAGAUUUAUUCUUACAAACUCUUAAAUCUAUCAAACCUCCCGAUGAAUAUUCCUCAAAUAUUUCUCGUUGUGUGCAAUUAAGAGAUAGAAAGCUUACGGGGAUGAAAAGUUAUGAUUGCCACAUGUUGAUGCAAGAAUAUUUGCCGAUAACAUUACGUGGAUCUUUGCCCGACCAUGUUAGCAUGAUUCUCAUUUAUUUAUGCGACUUUUUCAAGCGGAUUUGUCUAAAAGACCUGACAGGAGAUGAUUUCAAGUUUCUUGAAUCUCGAGUUGCUAUAACAUUAUGCAAGAUGGAGCAAAUUUUUCCUCCCUCGUUCUUUACUGUCAUGGUUCAUUUGGUGAUACAUCUAGUUAGAGAGGUACGACUUGGAGGACCUGUGACUUUUCGAUGGAUGUACCCGAUUGAAAGGGACCUGUCAACUCUUAAAUCGUAUGUAAACAACAAAGCUCACCCAGAAGGUUCAAUAGCAGAAGGGUACUUGGCUAGAGAAAGCUUAACUUUCUGCUCUAGAUAUUUAUCCGGAGUUGAGACCUUAUUUUCCAGACCAAUAAGGAACGAUGAUGAUGACAAUCAAAACGAGAUAGAAGAAUCCAACUUUCUUAGACCUGGACGACCAUUGGGUAAACAUGAGAAUUCUAAACCGUCAAAUCGUAAGAGGAAGAGAUUUCCUAAAUCUGAUAUUGAUGAGAUGUCCCUUAAACAAGCACAUCGUUAUGUGUUAUUAAAUGUUAACUCAAUCACACCUUUUCGAGAGGAACACAAAAAUUUUGUUAAAGGGAAAAAUCGUGCACGAAGACUGAAUGAGAAUCAACUCCAGAAGAUUCAUUCUGAAAACUUUAGUGAAUGGUUUCAAAACCGGGUUGCGCGCUUAGAAGAACAAAAGGAUCCAAGGGUCACAGAAGAAAUCAAGUGGCUUGCUCGUGGUCCACAUAGUUUUGUGAAACGAUUUUCAGGCUACCUUGUCAAAGGUUAUCGUUUCCAUACAAAAGAGCAUGAAAAAUCCUUGAAAACCCAAAACAGUGGAGUUGUUGUUACUGUAGUGGAUGGUGGUUGUGCUGGUGGAAGCACUCCUGGAGUAAUUAAUUACUAUGGGGUAUUGACGGAUAUUGUUGAGUUGAAUUAUUCAAGUAAGAUUAGGGUAGUUUUAUUCAGGUGUGAUUGGGUUGAUACUGAUAGGGGUUGUAAAAGAGAUGAAUUUGGUAUCACACUGGUAAACUUCUCACAUUUAGUGCAUACUGGUGCUAAUUUACUUGAUGACCCUUUUGUGUUGGCAUCUCAAGUUGACAAGGUAUAUUAUGCUCAAGAUCCAAAGUUAAAGGAUUGGUUUGUUGCUAGGCAUGUGAAGGUUAGGGAUGCGUUUAACAUGCAAUCUGAUGCUGAUCAAAGUCGUCUUGAUUCACUUCUAGACACAUUUGGCGUACCAAACCUAGAUAGAGUUGGUAGUGAUGUUGAAGAAACUGAUGGCAUACCGAUUAUGGAGUAUGAAGAUGAAGAUGAAAAUGAUAUAUAG